AUGCGGGCCCUCGCUCUUAUUCUGGGAGUGAAAGCCGCAUGCAUCCUGCUGGUGUCAUCUCUCUCAGGCACGGGGGCCGUCAACAAUAGCGGCCGGUGGUGGGGAAUAAUGAAUGUGGCCUCCUCUGCCAACCUACUCAUCAACUCCAAGAACAUGCAGUUGGUCCUGGACCCUAGUCUAGCUCUGCUGAGCCGACGCCAGCGACGCCUGAUCCGCCAAAACCCCGGGAUCCUGCAUGCCAUCGCCACUGGCCUGCACACGGCCGUACAGGAGUGCAAGUGGCAGUUCCGCAGCCGCCGCUGGAAUUGCCCGACCACCCAUAGUCCAGUAGUGUUUGGUAAAAUUGUCAAUCGUGGUUGCCGAGAAACGGCAUUUGUAUUUGCCAUUACGAGUGCUGGGGUGACGCAUGCGGUGGCCCGGUCUUGUUCUGAAGGCGCCAUUGAAUCCUGCACGUGCGACUAUCGGCGCCGUGGGCCUGGGGGACCAGACUGGCACUGGGGGGGCUGCAGCGACAACGUGGACUUUGGCCGCAUGUUUAGCAGGGAGUUUGUGGACUCCAGCGAGAGAGGUAGAGAUCUGCGCUACCUGACCAACCUCCACAACAACGAGGCAGGAAGAAUGACAGUCUCAUCAGAGAUGCGACAGGAGUGUAAGUGCCACGGCAUGUCUGGCUCUUGCACUGUCCGCACCUGUUGGAUGCGGCUGCCCAGCUUUCGUGAGGUGGGUGACUUCCUUAAAGAUCGCUUUGAUGGUGCUUCACGAGUUAUCUAUGCCAACAAGGGCAGCAACCGUGCCUCACACCGCGCUGACCCUCGACAUCUGGAGCCUGAAAACCCUGCCCAUAAACCCCCAUCAUCAAGGGACCUGGUUUACUUUGAGAAGUCUCCAAACUUCUGUUCUUAUAAUGGCAAGACAGGGACGCUUGGUACUUCUGGUCGGACCUGCAACAGCUCUUCUCCUGCCUUGGAUGGGUGUGAACUGCUCUGUUGUGGUCGUGGGUUCAAGACACGAACAGAAAGGGUGAAUGAGAGGUGCCACUGCACCUUUCAUUGGUGUUGCCAUGUGAGCUGCCUCAACUGCACCAGUACACAAACGGUAUACCAGUGUCUCUGA